AUGCGGAAGCAAUGGAAUUAUCUAGCGAAUUGGAAAGCGAUGAUACGAAUGUUAUGGGGCUCAGCUUUUGAUAUUCAUCAUCUCUAGUCAGUGGUCACACUCACAAUCUCAAUCUCGACAUCUUCUGGAUAUAACAACAAGUAGAAGUACAACAACACUAGCAACUAGAAGCUUAUUUUCCACGUAUACUAAAAACGCACAGCAAAAAGUACUACAGAGUGGUCAGAGACGUUGAGGAAAUAUAAAUUGGAAAGACGGUUUCUAGUGUGUAUGGUUCCGGUAUUUGGUAACCUGAAUUCGAUCGCAAGGGUUCUCUUGUUUUCCCUUAUGAUCAAACUCAGUGGAGCUACACUCUUCGAAGAACGGCACUUCUUCGCAGCAAGCUACUGACGCUCCACACUCUUCUAAGAACGGCACUUCUUCGCAGCAAGCUACUGACGCCUCUCUUCGCCAGGUGUGGGAAAGGAAUUCGCUUACCUACUUCAGCGAAGAGGAUCACAAGAGGAAUUUCAUCUUGCAUGCACUUGUGAUUCCCUUUAUUUUGGUCAUCGCAACCUGGUUUUUUUUGACAAGAGCGAACAGUUGGCUUGCGGAAUAUUCUAUGUCGUGCUUCGCGGGAGCUUUUUUUAAGGGUAGUUUUUCACUAUCCCAUGUGGACUAUGCUGGGCGGGCUUCUUCUCACUGAGAAUAAAUUAUUGAUUGGGAGAAAAACUAAGCGGCAGAGAGCGAGAGGGCAACCCACUCGACUCGGGAUAGUGAAGGACUACCUUUAGUUUUUGCUUGUGGUUCUUUUGCCUUACCCUCAAGACGGAGAUGUUUAUCUGCUUCAAGUCCGAAGUUCUAUUCGAACGCAGCUCUCGCUUGAACCACUGUUGCACAGAGGGAGGGUCGACUGCCGUCGCGAACUUGGACCCGAAAACUGGCCAGUUGCAACUGCUCACGACCAAAGCAGUAGGGAAGGGGACUGAGAUUAGGGUACAUCUUCAGUUGUAUUCGAGGUGGUAUGAGCCCCUUCAGAGUUUCCAGUAGAAAUAAAGAGAGAGAGGCGAAAGUUGUCGAAGUGGAGGUCAACAUUUAAGAUAAACUUGCAGUACAAAAAAUAUACUCCCUUCUUGUUGUAGGGCACCUAGCUCAUUUUGUAGCUCACCUAGCUCAUCUCGCUUCGUCUAACCUCCUCACGAUCGACUACCUUGCUGGCGGCCGCUACGCACACCUUCAACCGGCAGAGCGGAAACUCAUUCUACAGGAGGACUAUGGGUUUUUGUGCACCUGUAAAGUCUGUAAUAAAGUCACGACUUCAGUUAAGGCUGGUUUCUCACUAUCUCAGGUCGGUGGAGGACGAGAAUCAAUGCUGAAGAAUGGCGUCCUCAUUGUCACUGAUUUAGUAAAGGGAAAACCAAGGUCGGUGGAGGACGAGUAGGCUGAGAGAAUGGUUUGGUCCUCAUUGAUUAUUUGAAGGGGAAAUAACUACUAAGGGGGACACACGGCAUUCCAGCUAAGGCGGACGCACGGCCUGGGAUCAUAGUGAAAGACUAGCGCUAAUUCAGCAGUUGUUCCAAUGGAGGCUGGUCCUGGUGGCGACCUUGCUCGUCAUAUGAACGAACAACAAGAAGGGAUGAGUGUAGAAAACAUUAGAAUAAGAAACCAAAAUCAUAAUCAAAUGACGUCUUCAAGAGACCAUGAAAUAGAUACAGAAGAUGAAGAUUGA